UGAAUACCAGAGUCGUUCAGAUGAAGGAGAAGAUCAACCACCUGCUGAAGGACAUAGACAACAGCUACAACAUGGCUCUGAUCAAGCUGCCCAUGGCGGUCCGGCAGAUGGUGUGGCUGGAGUUCUGCAAGAUGGAGAAACCCAAGACUCCAGAGGUGGACAGCGUCAAGCAGAGAGAAGAGGAGGCCGCCAUGGUCGAGAGCACGGUUGCCAAGGACCACACCAACCUACCGAAGACCGUGAAGAGAACCACGAGGAAGAAAGGCGGAGUCAAGUCCAGCUCCGAGGACGAAAACACGCCGAGCACAACCAGGAAGGGGAGAGCCACGAAGAAGCCCCCGACCACGUCCAAGAGGGCAAAGGCGCUGACGGUCAGCAAGCAGAACACCAGCAUCAGACGGUCCAGCAGGAAACCUUUAGUCACUCCCGCUAGGAGCAUGCUGGACUCAUCGCUCAUGAUGGGGGCGACGCCCCUCAUCACCCCCCGCUUUGACCCGAGACUUCCCAAGACUCCUGCCAUUAGAGUUCCUCGCCACAAAGAGAGGGUUUACAGCAUUUCCGUCAACGGCUCCCCCAUCGCGGCCGGAAACGAUGACAUCGUCAUUAACGUUCCCAUCGGCAACGGCGAGAGCAUCCAGCUGCUGGCCAGUCAGAUGGACUCGGUGGAUCUGUCUCUGCUGGACGACACGGCACUGAGGAGCAUCCGCCUGCUGCAGAACCGCCUCACCAGCCUGUGCGGGACGGCGCCGUGAUGCAGACGCCCGGAUGGUUUAUAGAAGACUUAGGACUUUUUCUGUCAAAUCUUUUAACUCUAAAAUGUUUUUAUUCUUUUUUUUUUAUUCUUUUCUCAUUGUUGAAAGUUUUCAUUGAUGGAUCAGCAGUACAAACACCAAAACGAUUAAUUUGCAUCAAACAUAAAACAUUCUGACUGCAGCGAUCAGAUGUGUGAUAUGUGGAA